GUAUAUAUAUACAUACAAAGUGUGUAGAGUCCAAAUCUAAAUCUGGGAACUACCAUUUUCCAUCCUUCUCUUUCUGAAGAAUUUUUUUCUUGCCUUCGUCUUUUCUCCUUUUUCGCUUCACGGUCUACAAUUCAAGUUGGUUGACAUGGCUACGCAUACACCAAAAAAUAUCCUCAUUACUGGAGCUGCUGGGUUCAUUGCAUCUCAUGUUGCCAACCGGCUUAUCAGGAGUUAUCCUCAGUACAAAAUUGUUGUUCUUGACAAGCUUGAUUACUGUUCAAAUCUGAAGAACCUCACUCCUUCAAAAUCAUCUCCCAACUUCAAGUUUGUGAAGGGAGAUAUUGGAAGUGCUGAUCUUGUCAACUACCUACUGAUUACCGAGUCCAUUGACACAAUAAUGCACUUUGCUGCUCAAACCCAUGUUGACAACUCGUUUGGCAACAGCUUUGAGUUCACCAAGAACAACAUAUAUGGCACUCAUGUCCUUUUAGAAGCCUGCAAGGUAACUGGCCAGAUAAAGAGGUUCAUCCAUGUGAGCACUGAUGAGGUCUAUGGAGAGACAGAUGAGGAUGCUGUUGUUGGAAACCACGAGGCUUCUCAAUUACUUCCCACAAAUCCUUACUCUGCAACAAAAGCUGGGGCGGAAAUGCUUGUCAUGGCAUAUGGCAGGUCAUAUGGGUUACCUGUUAUCACAACACGUGGGAACAAUGUUUAUGGGCCAAAUCAGUUUCCUGAGAAGUUAAUUCCAAAGUUCAUUCUCCUGGCCAUGCAAGGCAAGCCUCUUCCAAUCCAUGGGGAUGGUUCUAAUGUAAGGAGUUAUUUAUAUUGUGAAGAUGUUGCAGAGGCUUUUGAACUUAUCCUUCACAAGGGAGAGGUUGGGCAUGUUUACAAUAUUGGUACUAAGAAGGAGAGGAGAGUUAUUGAUGUUGCAAAAGAUAUAUGCAGGCUUUUUAAGAUGGACUCAGAGACUAGUAUAAAAUUUGUGGAGAACAGACCAUUUAAUGACCAGAGAUACUUUCUUGAUGAUGAAAAGCUGAAGGUCUUGGGUUGGUCUGAGAGGACAACUUGGGAAGAGGGCUUGAAGAAAACCAUGGAUUGGUAUAUCAACAAUCCUGAUUGGUGGGGUGAUGUCAGUGGUGCAUUGCUUCCUCAUCCAAGGAUGCUGAUGAUGCCUGGUGGAUUGGAGAGACACUUUGAUGGAUCUGAUGAAGAGAAACCUGCAUCAUAUGUCUCAACUAAUACUCGAAUGGUGGUUCCAACAUCCAAGAAUGUUAGCUCUUCUCAGAAGCCUCCUCUGAAGUUCUUGAUCUAUGGAAGAACAGGUUGGAUUGGGGGUUUGCUGGGGAAAUUGUGUGAAAAACAAGGGAUUUCCUAUGAAUAUGGAAGAGGGCGCCUAGAGGAUCGUCAAUCACUUGUGGCUGAUAUUCAGAAUCUGAAGCCUACUCACAUUUUUAAUGCUGCAGGAGUGACUGGCAGACCCAAUGUUGAUUGGUGUGAAUCCCAUAAAACAGAAACCAUCCGCACCAACGUUGCUGGGACUUUAACGUUGGCUGAUGUCAGCAAAGAGCAUGGAAUCUUGAUGAUAAAUUAUGCUACUGGAUGCAUAUUUGAGUACGAUGAAGCUCAUCCAGAGGGUUCUGGCAUUGGCUUUAAGGAGGAAGACAAACCCAAUUUCAUUGGUUCUUUCUAUUCCAAAACCAAGGCUAUGGUUGAAGAGCUCUUGAAGGAAUAUGACAAUGUGUGCACCCUCAGGGUUCGCAUGCCAAUUUCAUCCGACUUGAGUAAUCCACGUAACUUCAUCACCAAGAUUUCUCGUUAUAACAAAGUCGUCAACAUUCCAAACAGCAUGACCGUUUUGGAUGAACUUCUGCCCAUUUCGAUUGAGAUGGCGAAGCGAAACUUGAGGGGCAUCUGGAACUUCACAAAUCCUGGGGCAGUGAGCCACAACGAGAUUCUUGAGAUGUACAGGGAUUACAUUGAUCCAAGCUUCAAGUGGGUCAACUUCAACCUUGAAGAGCAAGCCAAGGUGAUCGUAGCUCCACGGAGCAACAAUGAGAUGGAUGGAACCAAAUUGAAGAAAGAGUUCCCUGAGCUUCUUUCCAUCAAGGAAUCGCUGAUCAAGUAUGUCUUUGUGCCAAACAAGAAAACUGCUUAAAAACAUUAAGCAGUUUCACGAUAUAGACAUUACAGGUUAUGCAUUUUUGUAGCGGGCUACAUAGAUCACUCAUUAUUUCAUUGUUAUGUCAUUGGGUUUUGAUAAAAACCAUACCGCAAAACUAGCCGAUGUAGUUUUUGUUGUUUAGCUAUAAGUGGUUCCAGUUUCAGCAUGUAGUUGCAUCACGUUAUUUCGUUUAGAAGGUGGCAAGUAUUAUAAUUGUGCCAGAUGUGGUUUCUAAGUUUUAUUCUAGUUUGUAGGGUCUCUGUUAAGAGCAGCUUUAGAUAAUAUAGGGGUUUUGGUACCUAAAAGCUUAUUCGUGCAACUUUUGCAUCUGGAAAACAUGUAUUCUUUUAUUGCUCAUAUAUUAUAUCGUUCUUCUGGUUUUUAUGCUUGUA